AUCGCUACCAGCUAUUACGCUGUACUGAACAUAUAAGAGUAGCUUCGUCACUAUGACGCUUCAGACAUAACUAGCUGCGCCCUGGACUUUCUUCGCUCCUCCCAAGCUCACUAGGAAAAACAGGGCUGACUAAGCAGCAAGCACAAAAUUGACUGAAAUGAAAUCUCAACGGCUGCGCUGAAGAUCGCAGGCAUAAACCACUAGCAGUGACAGCGCCGCCUGUUUAAUGGCCCCCUCGGACCCUAGCCAUGAGGAUAUCUCGCAUUAUGAGAUUCUCGGCCUCCCUCAUCCUCCAGUCUCGUUGAGGAAGCAAGACAUCAAGGCGGCCUACCACCGCGCUUUGCUCCAGUAUCACCCGGAUAAAUCUGGCCAGUCAAUACCAUCGUCCUCACCGGGAGAAGAUAUAGGAAAGCAGGAUAGCCUGCCUGGCACACUGAAUACCCCUAAAUCCACAGAGCCUCGUACCGUGGACCAGAUUACAACUGCCUAUAAGGUUCUUUCCAGCCCAGCCACAAAAGCUGAAUAUGAUCAAUUUCUUCUGCUAUCGGGAAUUCCAAGGACUAGAUCAAAUAUUGGGAGGAACGAGAAUGAUGACGUGGUUUUCCGCACUGGUUUAGAGAUGCUUGACCUUGACGACAUGGCCACAGAGACAAUUUUAUGUCAGUCUGACGGGAGCGGAGGGCAAGAGACCAUUGAAACGUGGUAUCGAGGUUGUCGAUGUGGUGACGAAAAAGGCUUUAUGGUUACCGAGGAAGAUUUGGAGAAGGAAGUAGACAAAGGAGAGGUUAUUAUAGGCUGUCGGGGAUGCAGCCUGUGGGCUAAGGUAGUCUUUGCUGUACACGAAGACAUUAAUGAAUGAACGUCGACGCCUAAUUUUCAUUUUUUAACUACCACGACUGUCGAUGGAAAAGCAGGACCUUCUCAGUCUGUCAUUAUGGUGAGAGCCAUAGCUCUUUACCUACGGGGUACUAGCCUGCACACU